GGUUUAUUUCGGCAGAUGUAUGGUUCGAUAGUGAACUUCAAAGAGCUCUCAUACCGAAGAUAUCUUCGACAGCUUCAUAAAAACUUUCCACACCGCAGCAAAGGACCUAUGUUUCGCAUCCAUCGCUGCUAUUAAUUACAGAUGAAGCUCGAGUUCGCUCUUGAAGUUUGGUGAACCAGGAAAACGUUUACUACUUUAUAAGAUGAGGGCGCCAAGUUCUACGUCUUUGUUGUCAAAAGCCUACAACUUUCUCAAGGGCAAAACGUCUCAAAAUGAUGAGAACUUCUACGCUAAGACAAGGAGCCCCUUUCCAAGCGAGAUUUACCACACUCUUAGCGAGCCGAUCGAUCAGAAAAGAGGACCAAGUAUUUCGCGGAAGAACAGGCAAAUUCUGGGAGAGAUUAGCAAUCGGCCUUGGUCUGUGGCCAUGGACCGUGAACAGAAACAACAAAGUUUGAGUAAAGGGAGAUUCAGUCCCCGCGCGAUGGUCAAAAAUUAUUGGACGACAAGUAGAGAAGACAAGAAGCUGAACAAUGAGUUACAGCAACAACCAAAGAACGGAAGAUCUCAAGACCAAGAAUACGACGAUAUCGAAGAAGAAGGAAUUUUUAAGAUUCAGGUUUGUGAUCUUUUAUUUCACCUGAAAGUUUCAAACUCCCACUGGAAGUUAGGUUUUCUUCAAUUAGGUAAUUCAGUGCGAUAUCGAGGGCCUUAGACUGAUAGUCCUUCAAUCUGUUUGGCUACAUUCUUAAAGAAAAAAAAUUCAGCUUCAUUUGAGAAGGCAAUCUCGACCAGGGAUUAUACGCGGGUCAAACAAGACUUUGAAUGGAAUUAGCCACUCCUAUUAACAAAUAAGACAAAAACUCCUAAAAUCGCCACAGCCCAUAAAAACUGGAAUAUGAAUUGACAUUUUGUCUGAAGUGGAUUACGGUUCGUCAUAUUUUUUUUAUCCAUAACGUAAAUUAAGGGAACUUUUACCACACCCCAAAAAUUUGUAGGAUCUUUUCAAGUGAAACGAGUUAUUUGUAUAUGAUUAGUUAAAAGUGCCUCUGUUUCCGGGAUAGACUAAACUUAAUAAUCGAAACUAAAAACAAGGUUUGAACUUAAGUUGGAAAAUGUGGCACUGAAGAAAGCUCUUCAAAGGAAAUAUAAACAAGAAAUAAAUCAGGUUUAGCAAAAAUACCCUCUAAACUUAAUAUGAAGUAAAAUCAAAGCGAUUUGAAUUUAGUUCGCACUCUAUCUUGAAAGGUAAAAACGUUUUGGACAUACAUACGCCAAAUGAAAACACAGUUUCUUGAGGAUUAUACGUUCUUUUUUUACUAGAUUGGCCUUUCAGAACUUGUGCUCCGUUUUGGAAACGUUGUUUUCUAGGCCGCGCAGUUGUGGUGUAUCACUGUCAAAAUUUCAAACUGUGAAGACAAAAGAACUUUCUAUGCUUGAAAGAAACUGUUUGUGUCUUCCUAUAUAGUCUAUAUACGCUAUUGUGUUAACACGACCACCGUUCACCUUGAGCGAAAAGGGAGUCAAAAGACUAAAACCCAGACCAAAUAUAUAGAAGAUGUAUCACGAUACACAAAGUUUUAAGGAAGAAUUUGUUUUUCCGGUAUCAUUGUUAAUUUUAAGGUUCUACUUUCAUCGACAAACAGAGGAAUUUCUUAAUUCUGGUUAAAAACCUUGUAAUAAGCUUUUUCGUUUUAUAUCCCACUGAAAGCAUGCAUCUAUCACAUUUUUAACUUAAAGAAUAGUCCAACUCUUUUAACAUUUGCUAGACCAAAAACCGCUCAAAAAGUGUGUCUUAAAAACUCAGCGGCAGCGUGGCAAAAUUGUAUAUUGUAUUCUGCCACGCGACCUUUUGUUUCUCUUUUGUCGUGUCAUGAUGAAUUUGCUAUUGAAAUCAAUAAUUGAUAUCAAGGAUUUUUGGUAUAAGUUUCUUACUUGGCUAUCUCAAAACAUCCGAUCGAUUAUGAUGUUAACAGUAUCCCACUGACAUGAAUAACAAUCUGUUUGUCGAAUGUACACAAAAUUUAAUUGACCCGCGGCAAGUAACAAUACCGAUGAAAAAUGCGGAAUUCUUGGCUAUGACUUUGAUUGAUAACGGUGAAUUGUUCAAGACAUGUGAAAAUUUGGGAGUAAAUACGAUCAGAUACUCAAAAGGUUGUUGUUUAUUGAAUAACGCCGGAAUAGCAUUUACUGCAUUUACUAAGAUGAAACCGGAAAGGUUUUAACGGAUCACACUUUUGUUGGAAGCGACCACGAUGAAUGGAGUCCAUUUUCCAAGAUUUACGCUUAAGAAUGCAAUGUGAGUGUAGUCCGCGUUCGAGUGAUAACUUAACUCUGAAAGACUGCGGGAAAUUUGUAAUUCGUCUAUCAGGUUCUUAGUCAUUAACACAAAAGGAAAUCAGGCAAAUUGUUCUAAUGACUACGGAAAAAGUGAAGCAAGAUAAGAGCAUUUUCUGACCGAACAAAACGUACUCGACAUCUAUUUUGAAUGAACUACAUGGUUCAUUUCCCGUUUGUUCAUUUGAGCCGGAUUAAUCGGAUAAGUACAAGAAUCAACGGACAAGUGCAUUAAAGAAAUCUUUUCAAUGUGAUGUGACACGGCACCUGUUUACAUGUAAAGCACGUGUCAAAAUCUGGCUUUAUUAUGCUAAUUUAUGUCCGUGUGGUCUUAUCUAUGUUCGGGUGGCACGAGCCAUUGCAGCAAUGCAACUGAAAGGCGGGAAAUGAUUAACUGAACACGCGUGUAAAAUUGUUUGCGUAAUUUGUCUUGAUUUGCGGUCGUGACACUAUCUUGUCUUACGGCAAUUAAAAAUAAAAAUAAACCUGCGGCAGAUGCCAUAGUUUUUCAAUAUUCAACAGGUUUUAAUUGAAAAGCUAACUAAAUAGCACAUAACGGAAAUUGUGGUUUUGCCCCAGUAAUAGUAAAAUAUAUGGAUAAAAUCUCGAUGUAACGAAACCUCGUUAUAGCGAACAAGUUUUGUCAGUCCAGAGCGAAGAAUCGAGGUUACUUUAGACGUUUUGCACACUUCUUCGAGAUCAAGCUUUAUUGACAUCCCCCAUUUGUAUCAAUGUCUUACUUGAAUGCUAUGACACAAAGCUUCACGGAAGAAAACUAUACCAAAAGUUUAGAAAAACUAUAAACUAAAAUUAAAUUGUGUGACAAGUUUCAAAUAAGACCUUGGCGCCACUUUGUGUCCGUCAGAAGAGUCAAGAUUUAUUGUUAUUUUGUGGCUUAAAAUUUUAACUGUCCACCUUUGUGCUAUCUUUUUGCUGAUGAGAAACUUUCUUGAGACUCCCUCAAAAAAUCACGAAAAAAAAAACUCUCCAAAGGCACGAUUUCUCUUGCUUCGAGGCACCAUAACUUGCUACUGAAGGCGCACCGUGGACGGGGGAGGGGAGGGUGCAGUGGCGUUUUGCGAACACUUUCUUCCACCGUGUGGCUCAAUAAGGUUGCCAGUUAAAAAUGGCCAACUUAAAUUUCACAAUUGUCACAAUGAAAAAUAUAUUGUCAACUGUUCGCCAUGUCUUACUUACUGGUCAGGGACAGGUACCGAUAUGUACAUCUACCACCUUUUGCAAAACAGCAAGAGGCAAGGCUGUGGAAAACUUGAACAAGGUGCGCAAAUGUCAUGCAAAUGUGGGCAAUAACACGAAAAUUCUUCCAAGUGAACGUUAUUGGAUUUCCAUGAAUACAAUCACUUCUAUUGGAUUUUUAACUACAGAUUGUUUAAAGUCCUUUUUUUAUAGUAUUUUUGUUAAAUGAGCACGCGAACUUGACAUGCGUAUCAAAGCGGGGUUUGAGGGGGAAGGGUGCGCUUGAUAGCCAUCCUCCACCCCACCUCUCUCAGUUUCUUGCCCUUGCCCCUCGUGCUCGCUUCGUACGCUGAUUGUUGAUCGAAAUGCAACUAAAAUGGUCUAUCUUUUUUCAUCUACAGCUGAUCAAACCUCACAAUGGUUUUCUUGGCAUCGUAUUGAUCGGCGGAGCUGACACACCGCUGCAAUACCAUUACGUCAACGAUAUCCUACCCAACUCUUCAGCUUCCAAAUCAGGCCGCGUUAGAGCUGGAGACCAACUGCUCGAAGCCAAUGGUCAUUCACUUGGCGGGAAAACACACGCCGAAGCGCUGACGAUCUUCCGAUCUUUACCCGCGGUGGUAGAGUUACUGGUAGCGAGAACCAAGGACGCCAAUCGCUCAGUUCUAGAGCGGUUGAAACACGAGGAGAAAGAAAACAAGCAAGUGAACAACAAUAUUGCAUUGCCAGACAGGAGGCGAAGCGUUAUUGAGGAGGCCGCCAAGACAAGUGUUAUCCCCAGAUCCCCCGCAUCUGUUGUUGACGUCACUAAGACAAAGUGCCCAUAUGUGAAAGCUGUAAAACGGAAUUCGCGGGUGUCGUCUUUUGUUGGGACGGAAGAGGAUAAAGUGGUGGCCAACUCUACUGUGAGUACCCAUUAUGACAGGCAGAAACGAAAUCAAGAAUAUCACGAGUUUGGAAAUGAGAAAGAAGACAACAAGAUUCGGCGAAUGGGAGAGGUUAGUUUGAACAGGAAAUCAGGGUGAUUUUAAAGUAACAACAUAACGAAAACGUCCAAACGUUUCCAGAAAAAAAAGUCCGUGAAGUGUCCCUAUUAACAUUAUUGAUGAUGUGAGACAUUUUUCCGUUAUGGACAUGAACUCAAGGAGGUUUGUAAAAACACGUUGGGCAGUGCUAAGCAAGCACUUAUUAUAUGUAAUAAGCUUUUUGCAACGUCCUUGAGUGUGAAUGUUAAGGUUUAACAGCAAAGCGUCAACGUAAGCUACUAAGAAUUGCCGAGUCUGUGACAAAAAUCUAGAACAGCAAAAAAAUAAGACAUCACAACGUUUGCAUCUUUACCCAGUGGAAAAAAAAAAACCAAAAAUUAAAAAAAAUUAUGGCCUCUCACCAAUUUCUUUCCAUGAAAAACUUCCUUUGGCAGAGCGAGUCUCUUGAGAAGAGUAAACUGGACGGAAAAUGGCACGUGUUGAUAGAGGUGUUGUAUGUAAAGGCCUUUCGCACAGAAAGAUGUACGGGCGACAUGUUAAAACGUACGGUGAAAAAGUAUUAAGGGAAGGGAGGAAAGGAAUUAUUUACGUGCUGAAGUUUUCUUUUUCUGUGUAGGUAUUUAUGCCAUCCACUGACGGCGAUAACGAAGACCUGGAAGUCUUCACAGAUGGUCAUGUUAUAACCUUCGACCUGCCACAAAUCCAGGAGGAUAUGACGCUACCAUAUGCCACUAUAAGACACAAGCGAAAUUUAAACGUUUCACGAAGCGUCAUUGAAGGAGGUGACAUAACAGCAACCUGGCCUGCCUUUACGACGAAGCAGCGUCUCCCACUCCCCUGGGAUUCCUCCGCAACUCCGAGGCCAGCGACUGUUGGCCGAAGCUCCUCGGUUCGCGUUCGGCGCAGCAACGCCGCAACUUCGGCAUCGACCUUAACCCUGCAUCAAACCUCUUUGAAUCGGAAGUCAACGGCAAAGCAUUACAUCGAUAAAAAAACGCUGACCUUUGAGAUUGAGCGGGCAAACACGAGCGCUGAUUGGGGCUUUUCAAUCGGAGGUGGGGUAUUUUCCCCGUACGGGGACUUGCCGAUUUCUAUCUCCGAAAUCUCAGUCAGUGGCGGUGGACCGGAGUUUCUACAGAAGGGCGAUGAAAUAGUGGCUUUUAGUGGGGAUAGUUUUGAAGGUACCACAUUUCUGGAAGCAGAGAAGAUGUUAAGGAGAUGUAAAAGGAACAGAGCUACAGUAACAAUUAAACGAAAAUACCUUGAACGUUGUCAGAACCCACAAAGCAAUCCAUACAUAGAGGCAUGGAGUUCAUUGAAUUCAACGAAAAUUACGCCAGUUAAAAAGCAGAGAAGACGGCCAAAGUCAGUGCACUAUUGA